GCGACGUCAGCAAGCUUUCAGCCACAUCCAUGCUUCUUCAAGAAGUUCUUGUAUUCUCGAUCAUUUACAUGGUUCAGGGGCAGUUCUUUCAAGUUUUACAACAGCGCUAGCGGCAGAAUGGCGGUCCUAGCACUCCACAAUCCUGUUGCCGCCCCUCGUUGCACAGCAGCUGUUGCGGGAGGUGGCGAGCAUCGCUGCGACCCGCUUGUUGUUGUUCGAAACUGCUCCCGCGUGUUGGUGCCACAAGCAAGUAGACCAAGGUGGCCACUGGUGUCUUUGGGGUCAGGUUGCAAGGGACUGGAUGAUGGAUCCAAAAGUUUGCAUGGGCGGGUGUUACGCAGGCACCAUCGAAGCGUACAGAUGUCCGCAGGUGGCAGCGUUGACGUGCCCGUCAUUGUGGGGACAGUUGCUGGCGUCACUCCUUUCGUAGUUGCGGGCAUUGAGUUUAGCAAACGGAUUGUUCAACAACGGCGAUGUGAGGUCUGUAAAGGUUCAGGGUUGGUGCUUAGAGGACGUUAUUAUCGACGCUGCAAUGCAUGUGGUGGAUUCCUUCCAUGGCAAUCUUGGAAGCGCUUCUUUGACAUUAAUGGGUGACAAUAUAAUAGAGCCUUCAGCGGAGUCCAUAUGCACUAAGCCCAGUAUUUUUGUACAAUAUACAGCGGAAACAAACAAUUGCAAAUGUGAUGUCAUGCCUGCUGUCCCGUCAUCAGGUGAUUCGUGCCAACCGUUGUCUUUCGGAUGCCCCAUGCUGGGCGCCUAAAUUUGGAAAAGCAGGUAACACUC